UUCGAGUCGGGAGCUCGUUCGGCAUGGAGCGCGAGAGAGCGGCCAAGAAUAGCAAAGAGCACGCGAGUCUAGCCGUUCCGUAAAUGAGUGCCUGGCGGAGAAGGUGUUGAAGGCGACUGAUCGUACGACCGCUCCCUCCGGUAGUCCGUCAAGACAAGACUCGGCGUGAUCGACGAUAACAUUUCGGGACGGGGAUACGGCCGCGCGCGCGAUUCGCUCUCUCAUAUAUGGAGCAGACUCGCGGGAAACGCCUGUUUCACGUGCCGAAUCGCGCGCAGUGAACGCGAGUGUGUAUGUAUACGUGCGUCGUGCGUGUAUAUAGUGCAGCCGCCGCCGUCGCCGUGUACGCGAGAAGCGAAGGCAAGAUACGAAGGGCGCAGAUACGGCGAAGAGCAAAGAAAAGAGAGAUAGAUAAGAUAGUUCGAAGGGGUGGGAGAGAGAGACGGACGAGCAAGCGAGCAAGUGAGUGAAUGAGCGAGUGACCGUGUGCGUCGUCGCGGUGCGUCGUCCCGUGCUUUUGCAUGUGUGCGCGAUCGCGCGUGUGCGCCAAGCGAGAAGAAGGAGAGAAGCCUGUGCGCGCGACAAGCAAAGUGAUUAUAGGAUCUGGCUGUGCUUGCUGCCGGUGCUGCUCCGUCUACCUCGUCGAGCGAAGGAGGAGCGCGUCCGAGCGCUCGAGCGAGCGCCGCGAGCGCGUCGUGCUUUUUUCCGCCGUCCGCCGCCGCCGCCGCCGCCGCCGCCGGGGCAAUGUCUCUCGAGACACGUUCGAGCUCGGCCCUGUUCAAGCGUGCCGAACAGCUGAAACGCUGGGAACAGUCCGAGACGAAUCGCGAGCCCGCGCAACCGCGCCAAGUUGCACGCAAGAUCAAGUUCUCCGCCGACUGCGUGUUCCUGGCGGCGUGCGCGGCCAGCGACAAGGAGGAGGUCGUGCGUUUACUGCAGAAGGGAGCGGACAUCAACACCGGAAACGUCGACGGCCUCACCGCGCUACAUCAGGCCUGCAUUGAUGAUGACCUCGACAUGGUGGAAUUUUUGGUGGAACAAGGAGCGGAUAUCAAUCGUGGAGAUAAUGAAGGCUGGACGCCCUUACACGCUACAGCGUCUUGUGGAUUUAUAUCUAUUGCCAAAUACUUAAUAGAACAAGGAUGUAAUCUAGCAGCAGUUAACAAUGAUGGCGAACUGGCGCUGGAUAUUGCAGAAAGCGACGAGAUGGAAGACAUGCUCCAACAGCAUAUAAAUAAAGCAGGCAUCGAUUGCGAUCAAGCCAGAAGUGAAGAAGAGCGAUUAAUGCUGAACGAUGCGAAGGCUUGGCGGUCAGGUGGAUCUGGCAAGGAUUCCUUGCAUCCUAGAUCAGGAGCCACUGCUCUCCAUGUCGCUGCUGCGAAAGGCUACAUCAAAGUCAUGCACAUAUUACUACAAGCUCGAUGCAAUGUUGAUGCACAGGACUUUGAUGGAUGGACGCCUUUGCACGGUGCGGCACAUUGGGGUCAACUUGAAGCUUGCAAACUUCUUGUUGAGAACGGCUGUGAUAUGGAUAUAAAAAAUUAUGCCGGCCAAACUGCUUUUGACGUUGCUGACGCAGACAUCCUCAAGGCUCUUGAAGGUUUAAGAGAGCAACAAGCACUUAUACUGAAAGAUAACCCACAAACGAACAAUAAGAAACAGUCGUCUAUACCAAAGAAACGCGUCUCAAGUGCCGAUAGUGCAAUAGCGACACAAGAAUCUGCGGAGAUCUUUGAAGAAGAAACGCCAAAUAAAGUUAAAAAGGUUGAAUUAGAGAUUCAAUCUGAUAAAGAAGAUUCCAGCGCUAGUACAAACAGUGAUGUUGAAGCAACACGUGAAACACACAUGGAAGAGAGUGAUGGUGAAGGUGAAUCUGAGACUAGCUCAGAAUCACACUCUUCCACUUUCUCCAAUCAAUCUGAUAAGUCUAACCACGCGACAUGUCUUACAGAUGACGAAAAGAAAAAUAGAGUAAACAAAGAUGAAAAUGCACCCCAUAGUCCAAUAUCUCCAGUUGAAACCAAUAAAGUUCCUAAUCAGGCUCCAAUAUUGCCUCCAAAACAACAGACUGAUAGUAACGAGGAAGGUGUUGUACCAUCGUGGAGACGUUCUGGUUCCUUUCGAAAUAGAAUGCAAAAUACUGAAACUACUAAUUCUGCACCUACAAAGCUCGAAGACAAGGAUAAUAAUAUGAAGAUACCAACAACACCAAACAAAGUUAGCGGGGAGCCUGAUGUGGUAUUGAGAAGAACGCAUAGCUUCGAGACGGACAAAAAGUUUUAUGAGCAGUACAUGGCAUUACAUGCUCGCAUCAAGGCGUUGUCGUGCCCUACCCUUCAUCACUGCAAUGCAGCUACUCCUACUCACGCCAAUGCUACGACUCGCUCUGCAUCUCUACGCGAAACGCACAGAAAGAAAGACGUGAAAUUAAAUUUGGAAUUAUCAAGACUGCCACAAGGAAGUAAUACACUUUCACCAACAUCUGUAUCUAAAACAUUGGCAUCGAGUCUAUUGUCAUCCAUCACAACAACUACCACUGCCACCACAACAACAAGUCCUAUUCCAGUCAAUCAAAUUCGCAGUGUUCAACCAGUGGAAGCUGCAUCUACAGUUGUAUCGAAUACAAAUAAUGCAGUAGCAACUGCUCCUGCAACUCCCACUACACCAGGAGGGAGCAAGCUUAGUCCAGGAAAUAUCUUCAAGAAUUUCUUCAAAUCCUUUGUUCCACCGGUACGUGAUGAAGAAAGCGAAACCCAAAGGAAAGCUCACGCAAAGAGAGUGAGAGAAACCAGAAGGUCCACCCAAGGUGUGACAUUGGACGAAAUCAAGAGCGCGGAACAAUUAGUGAAGAAAAAGCAACAGAACAACGAGUCAUCGGCAUUAACGCCGUCUACGCAGCCUACAACUACUGUCAGCAAUACCGCUUCGAUCACAGCUACGAUAACAACCGCAACCUCCACUACCGUGACUACUCCGAAUAAAGUCUCUGAAGAGCCUAAUUUGCCUGAGAGACGACCGUCUUGGAGGUUGAGGGUAGACAAUGGAAGCAAGUUUCAGUUGGAGGAUGCUAAUAAUAAGCCUAGUGAUAACACAUCGGCCUACAUGAGAAGACCAUCUGGUGGAACUGGUAUACCUAGACCGUUAUCUGCACCAGUGGAGACUAUUGCCACGAGCAGUACAGAAACCACAAUUACCUUACCGCUUAGGAGAUCGUUAAAGCAACCUGAUGACAAAGAACAAGAUAAGGAAAAUGAUAGUAGGAACGCACAAGCUACGCAAGCAGUUAUUCAAAGGAGGCGUCGGCCUAAGAGAAGAUCGACUGGUGUAGUCCAUGUGGAUAUGGAUGAAAUUGACCCAGAGAAACAAGACGUAACUGCUGGCGGUGACUGUGAUGAUUCCAAGGUCAAUCACAAUGAGAGUGGAAACGAUCGUUCCGGAAGAGCUAAUAGAUUAGGUUCGAUAUCUUCGUUAUCAUCAGAAGCAUCAUCAACACCAAUCAGACUAAAAUCUACGAGUUCCGAAAACGGCGAAUUAGACUAUAAGAAAUUAUACGAAGAAUCUCAGGCCGACAAUGAAAGGUUAAAGGAGAAAUUGAAGCGCUCUGACGAACAAUUAAAGGAUGUGAGAAGUUUAUUGGAGAAAGCGCAAAGCAACCAAAACAAAGUGUUUCUCUCUGAGGCGGAAAAGAGGGAGAGGCGAGCGAUGGAAAGGAAACUUUCAGAAAUGGAAGAAGAAUUAAAGGUGAUGGACCAACUAAAAUGCGAAAAUCAGAGGCUAAAAGAUGAAAAUGGUGCCUUGAUCAGAGUAAUCAGCAAAUUGUCCAAAUAAAUCUUGUAGUCUCAACUGCACAUCGCAAUGAAAUUUUAAGUUGUAUUACAACUCUGUUGAAUGAAUUGCUUUAAUUAUAGCAGCAUCAUCAUUAUCGCUAGUAUUCUUAUAAAUGCGCAUCAUGCUAUCGAUGAAUUUAUCCUUGUGCUAGUAAUUUAACUUAUUCCGAUAUAAAAUGAUGAGAUCAAUUAAUCGCAUGGCUGUGCCAAAGGCGAAAAGAGAGAUGUUACUCCUAUUUCUAGACUGUGAAUACUUGAUCGUAAAAGACUUAGAGGAAUUUUACUUUGUGGAAUUUACUUUUUAACGUCCUAGAAAGAUGAAUUUUAUAAUCCAGUAUAUAUAUAAAAAAACCAAGUCAAUGCUUUAUAGUAAAAAAAAAAUGUUGAGGUUUACUUUAUUCGACUAUUAGGAGAAAGAAGAAACUGUUAAUCUUUACGGACAGUUUUUCUUUUUUAACAAAUCACGUUAUUAAUGUUGAUUCUUUAUAAGGAUAUUUUGUAAAUACAUAAUAGCCAAUGGUGAUGUGGCAUUUUAGUAAUCGAGAGUUUUUAAUCGCGGGGCAAGUUUCUGAAAUACUUUGCAUACAAACAAAUCUAUAGGGAAUUGUAAAUGAAUUUGUUCGUAUUACCGAAGCAAUAAAUGAUAUAUGUGUUGUGCUUGAUUAAAUUGUGCAGGUGGUAAAGAAGGAUGGAGAGUCAAAAAACAUGACCUUUAAAUGCUACUCAAGUGGCCUUUCUCUGAAGACUGCAAUUUUUAAAUCCUUCCAUCAUUGCCAUUUUUGCAGUAUAGGCAGAAAUUUGACGUAUAUAUGGGAGUAAAUGUUUUUACUUACUCUGUAAUAAUACAUUUUCUUACAUAAUAUCACAGAUGAUAUGUAAAAUAUACUUUUAGACACACCGGGAUUUUCAAUCUCCUUAAAGUGCUAAAAUUAUUGUAUGUUAGAGCUGUGGAUGUAACUUCAGUUCGAACUGUUCAUGUGGUAGAAUCUGUGUUAUUAUUUUUAACUGUCUGUCCAAUAUAAAAUGCUGUUACCUAUUAUUUUCUUAUAGCAACAUCAAUAAUGAUUGUCCAAUAAGCUCGGAUAAAGAUAAAUUUAUAAAUAUUGCAUAAUGGAAUGUGUAAUUGACAGUUGGCAUGUUUUUUAAUGAUAUUAUUGUAAACAAUUGUAAAAAAGGAUGACUCAAUGUAGUUAUUUCGUAAUGAAGUUUAUUAGAAAAUAAUA